CGUCCAAACAUCCAUCGCCCUCUGUGCAAUGGACAUGGACGAGCUCAGAAGAGUUUUCCAAAUGUUCGACCAGAACAGCGACGGGCGGAUCACCAAAAAGGAGCUGAAUGAUUCGUUGCAGAAGAUGAGAAUCUUCAUGCCAGAAGAGGACCUCGCCAAAAUGAUUGAAAAAAUUGACGCGAACGGGGACGUGUGCGUGGACAUAGACGAGUUUGGGGCAAUGUACCAGUCAAUCAUGGACGAGAGGGACGAGGCAGACGGGGAUAUGAGGAAGGCAUUCGACGUGUUUGACCAGAACGGUGACGGGUUCAUCACCGUGGACGAGCUGAAGUCGGUUUUGGCAUCGCUGGGACUCAAGCAAGGGCGCACGGUCGAGGACUGCAAGAAGAUGAUUGUGACGGUGGAUGCCGACGGCGAUGGAAUGGUGAAUUUCACUGAGUUUAAGCAGAUGAUGAGAGGGGGUGGGUUUGCUGCUUUGACAUGAAAAAGAAGAAAAAAAAACACACACACACACACAUAUGAUAUUGUAAAUAUCAUCAUAUACUAACUAGCACGGACAUUUUUGUUGACAAUAUAUUUUACUUGUAAGUUGUAAAUAUGAUAUUUUUUACUGGCUUGGUCUCAUGAAGCGAAUCCAAGAACCAUGACAUUUUUUGAAUAGGUGGAUUUGAAGGAAUUUUUUUUGAUGGAAAUAUGGUAUAAAUAGAUAUGUCUAAAAAUCAAUUCUUUCAGUUUUC